GUGGGAGAGAAAGCAUAAUUAUAAUAUUAAAAUAUUAUUUUGAAACAAGUAUUUAUGAAUGCUCGAGUUUAUAUGAGCGUUCAUGAUAUUUAUGAACUAUUUAAAUGCGCACAAUUAUAUUUUCAAGAGACUUGCAUUCAUAGAUGUUCCUAAUGCAGGCAAUUUUGUACGUCGAUGUUGGAAAAACCUUUCUACGCUAAGAAAUGGGGAAACUGCAGUUUGCAUCGUUGGAAGUGGUCCUGCAGGUUUCUAUACUGCACAGUAUUUAUUGAAGUUUCACCAAAGUAUACAUGUUGAUAUUUAUGAGAAGCUCCCUGUACCAUUUGGGUUGGUAAGAUAUGGUGUGGCCCCUGAUCAUCCAGAGACAAAGAAUUGUAUAAACCAGUUUACUGCAACAGUUAAAAACGAACGAUGUCAGUUCUUUGGCAAUGUCAAUAUUGGCAAGGAUAUAUUGUUAAAGGAACUCAAAUCCUGUUAUGAUGCAGUGAUUUUGUGUUAUGGUGCUCAAAAUGACCGAAAGCUAGAAAUACCGGGAGAGGAUACUCAUGGUGUUUAUUCUGCCAGAAGUUUUGUGGAAUGGUACAAUGGUUUACCAGCAAGUAGGGAAUUGAUGCCAGAUUUGAGUUCAGAAACAGCUGUUAUCCUUGGUCAAGGAAAUGUUGCACUAGAUGUUUCAAGAAUAUUACUCAAACCUGUCAGUAUGCUCGAGCAAACCGACAUAAGUGAGUACGCUUUGAAAGCUUUACGUGAAAGCAAAGUGAGAAAGGUUUAUGUUGUUGGUCGUAGAGGUCCACGUCAGACUUCAUUUACGAUCAAAGAGCUUCGCGAGAUGUUAAAACUCCCAGGGUGUCGGUCAGUUUUCGAAAGAGAAGAUUUUCUACCUUUGAACGAGCGAUUGUCAGAAGUCCCUAGGCAAAAGCGUCGAUUGCUUGAGCUACUUUGUAAAACUGCUUUAAACCCUCCCGAACACGAAACGUGCUCUUUCACGAAAGAAUUUAAACUGAAGUUCUGUCGUAGUCCUGUCGAAAUACUCCGCUCUGAAAUGGGAAAUGUCUCGGGCAUAAAGUUUGAAGUCAACAAUCUGAUCGAGGAUCCCCAUGGUUCUGUGAGAGCUGAAGGCAGUGGCAAAAUUGAAAUAUUAAAUUGUGGUCUUAUAUUCCGAAGUAUCGGCUAUCGUAGUACAACUAUAGAUGACGAUCUACCUUUUGAUAAUGAACGUGGUGUUAUCUCAUGUGAAACUAACAACGGCCACGUUACUGGAAUGCCAGGUAUUUAUUGUUGUGGUUGGGCGCGGACUGGGCCGAGUGGUGUCAUCUUGGCAACCUUAAACGAAGGAAGGGAAACUGCGAAAAUUGUAGUCGACGACAUCAAUAAAGGAAAUGUGCCAGACAUCAGGACAGAGAACAAAGGCUUUUUAGCCAUCUCAGCAAUUCUGGAAUCUCGAGGAAUAAAACCUGUAUUUUUUGAGCAGUGGGAACGUAUCGACGCCUGCGAACAACUGUUGGGCAGCGGCAGAGGCAAACCAAGAGAAAAAAUCACAGAUACCGAAUACCUUUUGGAAUUAGCUCAUGGUGUUAAAGAAUGCACAAAUGAUAAAUGAAAAUGUCGAUUAUUUCAUUUUUAUUUGUGAUAAAUACACAGAGUUAAUCAAAAAAAUUUAGACACUUCGAAAAACUUCUAUUAAACGUUCUCUGGUACAGCUGAUAAUAAUUUUUUUAAAAAUGCAAGAUCUUUAACCAGUGAAUGAACCUUUAUUAAUAGUCCUUCAAAAUAGGCCUUACGCAACAAACGUACUCAUAAACAAAGUAAUCCAGUUUAAUCACCCAGAGUCAAAAUAUGGACUGUGCGAUCUCUAAAACUUGGAUUUUUGUGUUUGUACCUUUUAAAACCAAGUUUUAUUACAUCAUUUUGAUAAUAAUUACAAGCAUUUCGGAAAUAUGCAUGAAAUAGCUACAAUAUGAAGUGAGCAAGCUAAUUCCAAAAGGUACAAAUAUUGUAAUAAAACGUGAUGUGAAAUGCACAAAACGCGAAAUAAUACAAGUUUUAAAGAUCUCGUGAAGGCCAGUUUUUGCCUCAAAUUGCUUGAAAUUGUUUUAUAAUUGAUAAAAAUGUAAUAAAUUAUCCGUGCUGAAA